UCAUUUUUAGUCCGUUUUCAUUUUUAAUAUAUAUAGGUAUAUAACAAUCUAAAAUAUAGAUUUGAGAUUGACUCAGAAAAUAAUAUAACUUUUCUUCUAAUAUAAACAUAUUUAGCCAAUAAUUAUAACGUAGAUAUAAAUUAGGACAAAUAACACUAAAAUUAAUUUUCAUUAAUAACUGUGCAAUUUCUUAACGGGUUUGAUAUACGUGUGAAGGUAGUUCUAAAACAAUGUAAUAGUUAGAGAUAGAUAGCAGUUGCACGACAUGACCUCUUAGUUUUAUUGCAAACUAUAAAAUUAGAGACCGGUCAUAACACGUGCCGAAAAUAAACAUUUUUUAAUGACCGAAAUUACCUAAAAUGAAAUUAAAUCCCCGUGUUUUAUCUUCGGCUGCGGCAAUUGCAAUAACUUGUGUUGUCUCAGCGGCAGCAUUUUACUAUAAAAGUCGCAACAAAGAGGUAAAUGAAGUGAUGGUGUUCUGCAAAUUACAGUUUAACGCUUACAAUUCUUUUGAUAAGCUAGUCAGCUUUAUUGAAGACGCAAAAUACACAGUGAACGUUUGUAUGCCUGGCAUAAACAAUCCUGUCAUACAGGCUCGUCUAGUAAGCUUAAUAAAAUCCAAGAAAAUAAAAGUUCAAAUUAUAAUAGAUAGAUCGGGUUACAAUGAAUCCACUGAAUUUUUUCUCAAGGAACUAAUUGAAGCCGGCGCUGAAAUAAAAUGCAAAGUCAAAGAGCCCGUAUUUACUAUGCAACAUAAGUUUUGCCUUGUCGAUGAUAAGAUUUUAAUGACUGGAACUCUUAACUGGGGUAACGAUCGCUCUUUCGAUCAUUGGAAUUACGUUUACAUCACUAGUAAGCAGCAAUUGGUUGAACCAGUAAAGAGAGAGUUUUAUCAAUUAUGGGAGCAGGCUAGGGAUGUACAAUCAGUUUUCGAUAUAUAUUGCGAUAGUGACGCAGAGACAUUUGAAAUACGUAGUUCUGAAGAAUCUGAAACAGAAGUUCAAAAUGUUUCCAAAGAUGUAAAUACUUUACCUACGGAAAACAAAACACCAGAAAAGUGUAGUAACUUUACGGUUGAUCACCCUUCUUUAGAAGUUUGAUUUACAUUGAAGAUUUUAACUAUUUUAUUUAAUGAAUUAAAAAAAUUCGCUAAUCUGAUUAUAUGA